ACACACCUACACACACACACACACACACACUCAGUCAUGUCACUAGCUUAACCUGAGGAUAGCGUGUUCUGCACUACUACGCACAAAAUUCUAUGUAAGAUCUGAGACUGGUCUCCCUCCAUACGUGUGUGUGUGUGCGCUCGUGAAUGGAAGUGAAUGGAAACCUGACCAGGGAGUCUCCUGUGUGCACGAGUUUAGCAGCAGCACGGCGACUUUUAGAAGAAAUCUGUUAGUCGAUGCCGCUGCUGAAAGCCCACAAACCACAGCGACACACAACCACACAGAAACACAGACUCACACAGCGAGACAGGCAGGGAUGCAGACGCCUAUAUAUACGCAGGCCCACGGGUCAACAGACAGCAUCAUUGACUCGACUCAGCCCACCGCUCUUCUUGCAGAACAAACCGCCGUGAGCUGCCCUGAAGUCAUCAUGUCUCAGAGCGGUGCUUCUCUGUGUCCACUGGUCCUACUGGUCCUACUGGGAGGUGCGAUGGCGUCUGCGAUUUUCAAGAAGGAAAACGACCACGAGUUGAUAGUAAACAUGCUGGGGUUGAAGGAGAAGGAGGUCGGAGGAAAACCUCUCUUUGGUUCUGUCAUCAAGAGCAUCAACACCUCCUGCCAGAGAAAAGUGCUCGUGAUGAACGCCACCCUCAACGUCUACAGCAAGAUCUUCUCCACCGUCCUGCAGACCGAGCAGCACGGUCGGGCCGGGGUCCAUCUGCUGGACAAGCUGAAGUCCGAGCUGGAGCGGAAGAAAGUGAGGUCGGCCUUGGAGUCCCUGAAGCAGGAGAUGGAGGAGCAGAGCAGGCACCUGGGCCAGCUGAACCUCGACAGGGAGGACGUGCUCAGCAAGCUGGGGGACAUAAAGGUGGAAGACACCUUGGAUCAGAGAAAGGCUCUGGCGGAGUUUAAAGAGGUCUACCAGGCGAUCGAUGUGAGCUACCCCAAAUGUAGACACGCCCACUCCUCCUCUGCCCAAUGACAUCACAGUUAUCAACAGCUGUGACUCAGACUAGCCUCUCAUUAGCAUAAUCUAAUGCUUUUUUGUGUUUAUUUUUAGAUGUCAUUUUGGUUUCAUUCUAUUACACUUUUACUUUUACAGUUUCACAUAUUUAUUUAGUUAUUUAAAGUUUUGUGUUACUUCAGGUCAGAUCUCAAUCGAGUCACUUCACUCAUUCACUCAGUCGUAUUUAUUUCGUAAUGAUUUAAUGUAUUUUUCUAUAAACAAUUAAUUUAAAUUAAGUUAUUUUAUUGUUGUGAUUUUAAACGUUUCGUCAAGAUUGUUUGAAUAAAAACAGAAAUCGGC